AUGCACAACCUCACAUAAACGCACCAACCGCCGACAGGCCCACAGCACACACACAUCAAUCGCUGCCGUGCCGCGAUCAGUCAGUGCCCAAGUGCGAAGAUCAUCAUUACCGGGAAGCGUCUCGCCACACAGAGAAUUGAGUGAGCGAGAUUCAGCCGGUGUAGUGUGUGACAUCACAUCUUUACUUCCGCUUAGCGCACACACAGAGCAGCAGCUAGGAACAAAUGAAGCAAUGAUGAAGCCGUUGGCGUAUGCGUACUGCUAAAAGCAACCGAAAAAAGUGUUUGCGUCGCGGUCGUGUCUACUGCUACUGCUGGUGAUUGGUGAUAACGACGAAAAAGUGAAACAAAGUGCACGCACCAGGUCGUCAAGGGUAGCAAAAGGGGGUGUACCGAGAGGGAAGGGGGAGAAGGGAAGGCAAGUGUUAUCUUCUUUGUAUGCAAAAUUCCAACGCCGGAGUGUACUGCAAACGUACGUGGGAUUACCGGGAAUUGUCCCGGGUUGCUUGGAACUGCAUUCCCCGGUGUGCCGAGUGUGGUGUUUUCGUGGUCAAGGCAAAUCAUUGUGUGUGUGUGCGAGUGGCUAGGAUAAACGUGAUUUAUUACCUACAAUUAAACAUCAUCUUCGUACACACAAAAGGCAGCCCCGCAUAUCGGUCGCAGCUUCCGACGCGCGCAUACACACGCGCACGCAUAGAAACAGUGCUCGGCGAUGAGUCUCGAAACGAUGAGCGAUCUGAGGAAAAAGUACAAAAACUGGAGAUCGUACGUAAAGUUUGUAAAGCUAGUUUCAGACGCCGGAAUGGAAGAUGAAACCAUGUUUGGCGAAAAGCAAUCGAUACGAGACUCGGCCCGCUCGCUCAAGAAGUAUGGCAGCAUAUCCGGCGGAAGCCGAAGUCCGGCCGCACUGCAGCCCACCGACGCACUGAUACGGCACGACGUCGAGCGGACCGACACGCUGCAGGGUCUUGCUUUGAAAUACGGAUGUAGCAUGGAACAAAUUAGGCGUGUAAAUAGGCUACUGCCCACGGAUACCAUCUUCCUGCGGCCGUUUCUUAUGGUACCGGUAGCGAAAGACUCGCCCCACUACCCGAAGGAUCCCGAAGCAAUCAUACGUCCAAACGCGCUGUCCAGUCGGAUGAUGGCGUCCGGCAGCAGUGGCAGUGGUGCUAGCGGCAGCAGUAGCAUUAUUAGCAACAACAACAACAACAGUAUCAGUUCCGACGGUAAUGGGUACUCGCUGAGCGAAGAAUCACCGCUCGUAUCGCCCGAGGAGGAGAGUCGCAAAAAUCUGGAAGAAUUUCUCGGCAAAAUCGACAGCUCGAUCGCCUCGACGCGCAAAUGCAUUGCGGAGGUGCAGCGGAACAGUGACUUCGUGACGAGCAGCCAGAGCGACGACAACCUGUUCUUCUCGUCCUCGUCGGGCGGGGGCGUUAGCGGGAGCGGUAGCAGUGGAUACUAUUCGAAACCGCGUGCCUAUUCGAAUGCGUCGUCUUCGUCCUCGAUCUCGUCUUACCAGCAGUACCACUACCAUGUGCCGAGUGGUGGUGCACAACACGCGUCCGCCGGUGGUAGCGGCGCGAACCAUCACAAGCGCCAGAGUUCCUCCGGCAGUGCGGCGUCGGACACGAACCAGCUGAUCGUGAUGACGCAGGGGAAGCGGGUGCAAAGCUCGCUCCAGAAGCUGGAACGCCAGCAGGAUGAACUGUUCGAGUUGUAGCACCAACCGUGGCACGCAACCGAAGGACAAGGGAACGCAACCGUGAGCUGUGCAACGAUGGACGACAAGGAUGAAUGCUAUGAGGAGGAGGAGGAGGAGGAGGAGCAUUCGAAUGCGUUGGAAACGCAAGCUCUAAUGGUAGUUCCUGCGGCGGGACGGCACGGCGGUGGAGCAUCGCGCUACCAUCUUUACCACCAUUAUCAUCAUCAUCAUCAUCACUAUAUCGCUCGGUAUGUACGCCAUCGACAUACGUUCCACGUACAGCUACAAACGUUUGGCGCUAGCUUGAAGGGCAAGUUGGGCAGUAUUGUUAGCGUACUAAUCAAUCGGACGCGACGCACCCACGGUAACAUUAUGUUGACAUCUCCCGUCCCGAUAGUCGAAGGGGGUACAAGCCUUUAAGCGUUAACGAAACCGACUCGUGUGAAGGUUUUUUUCUGUCGUGUUUCGGCGGAAAGCCCGAAAAUAGUGCUAAUUUCACGCCCCAACACGAAUGUUCCCCAACACGAAUCACGAACCGUUUGCAAUGGGGUAAGCAUAUGUUUAUCCUGCUAGAGAGCUUUACUUUUUCACUCAAAUUUAUCAAAGACUCGUGCUCGAUGUAUUAUUUUUCGCGGUGGUCGGAGCUCAUACAAAGUGGUUGGACAAAUGCAGCGCUGAUAAGUGCGGUAUCAAAUAGGUAUGUGUUUGAUGUGUGCGAGCAUCACACACACCUGCGGAUGAAAUCGUGGUGCAUUCAGUAUUGAAACCCCAAUUUAAUUCAAACCAACAGGGUUGAUGAGAGAGGUGCAGAUGAGUGCUUAUACGAUAUAAGUUUUAAGCAAUGUAUAAGACAAGUGCAGAAACAAUCUGACCGUAAGUGGUGCUAUAUUAUAUCUAGAUAUUAGUAGAGCGCGCGCAUAUACAUUGCAUCCACCAGCAACUCACUUUAAUCGUACACCCUUCGUGCGCAUGGGCCAGGAGAAAGAUAAGCCAAGCCACCACAGCUCACAGAGAGUACAGCGAGGGCGUCCUCUUCCACACAUCCCACAAACGGUCGUUAAAUAAGGGUCGUCUUUGUCAAUGGGUGUCUCUCUGGUGAGGAAAGUGUGAUAAGUUCACAUCCAACGCCCGGCACCAUUCAUUCGCUGUAUUUGCUUUCUUGCCCCCCGCUUUCCCCGUCCCUUCACUAAGAUCUGAUUGUGACGCAGUGCCCAGAGCAGACAAAAAGCACGCACGCAAUACGGUGACAAACCGACGACCGCGUUCGUGACGUCAGUUAGCGACAAACCGCAGAAUUUGCGCGGCUAUCAAAAGCACGUUUCUAUUUUCAUCCUUUUGUGUCGAGUGGGUCGAUCGCAAAUUGGAUGUUAAUUGCAUCCACAAUCCACCGCGGUACGAUUGCUCGGGAGCAUUCGGCGGUUUGUAGGGUUUAAAAUAUUCUAUCCCUCACACGCACCACUCAAAGGACACUCAUCCAGCGCUGAUAGUGAAGAAAAAAGCCUUUACCACCAUCAUUUAUCCAUAAUUACAUAUCGUCGUGAAAUGUUUUAUCAAACGUAGAUAAAUCAAAGCUCCUAAUUGAUUAGGGCAGGAUAAAAGAUUGGUGAGAUGAGCAUGGAAUUGAAGACACAAGACACGAGGACGGACUGCAUAGCGAACAAAGCAAACACAAAAUAUCAUACAUCAGUCGCGCUUUCUUCGUUCCAUUUUCUUCGUUAGGAUGUAGAGGGAAUUUGCUGAGAUAAUUAUUAUUUAUGUUGUUGUAUAAAUUUGCAACACAAACACACACACAAGUCCAGGUGCGGAACCAAAGUAGCGUUUUACACCUGUUUUAUGCAAAAACGUUUGCCGCCGCUUGACUGGCGCGCGUUGAUUUAAUGAACUAUGCUUGUGCUUCUAUUAAAACAAGUUACAGAGGUGUUCCCCUGUUGCGAUUAAUUCAAAUUUGUUUCUUUUUUUCCCACUUUGGUUUGUGUUAUCUUAAACCGCAAAUUUAAUGUUCGAUUAGGGUGAGAAAUUGCUGCUAGGCGGUAACGUUUAAAAUUGUUACAAAACUCGCUUAAAGUGAAGCGCUAAAAAUUCCUACAAGCGACCGAAUAACGUUAGGGGCAGGUUACAAUUUCGUCUGUACAAAUCCUUAUUAUUUUAUACCAUACAAACUCAUAAGUAUGCUUUCGAACCGUUUAGAGGAAGAAAGAAAGAAUGAAAUUAAACACAACACGUUAUUUAGUUAAGCUACAAUCAAAAUUGUGAUAUCGUUUAUCUAUACUUUAGAGACAACUGCUCUGUGUGUAAGCAAUCUCAUUUCCUCCAACGCGACCAUCAAUCCCUUUCUUGCCUCAAUAAUCAAAGUAAAGGCACCUAACAUCCCCGUAAUCAGGUGCCUCCUAAUUUUAAACCAAAUUGAAAAGGAAACACACAACCAAAACGAGACCUAUAGGACAAGCUAUAAGAAAUGUGUAUGUAAAUCCAUAAAACAAACUACAUAAAUCCAUCACGAUCAGCACAGUAGAACGUUGCCCAAUUGGUUGAACCCAAGCAGCAUUAUUUCCUUGCUCAUAAGGAUAAGGAGCCACAGAGGUAACCAAUCCAAUGGACAAGACCAUUUAUCAAGUGAGAAUUACACCUUUUACGAGCAAUCGUGGCUGGUGAUCCUAUUGCUGGUGGAUGUAGUUACACGGCUGAAAGUUGCACUAGCUGCUAUUUAAAUCAUUCUUGUGCCCAUUCGUUCACGAUCAUUUUAAGCUAAAAACAGGUGAACCUUUUAGCCGUGUAACCGUACGCCCAGCUCAGCUACACGCUCUUCUCCGGCGACAAAAUCCUUCCCUCAAAUUGUAAGUUAGCGUGUGUGCGCGCGCGCGAAAACAAGCCUUAGUCGUGUAAAUGUUUGUAAAGAUACUGAUAAUAGUGUAAUAAUCUUGAAGGUCGAAUAUGCGAUGUCGAUAAACGAAGGGUAGGAGAUGGAGUGAAAGGAUUUCCCGUGCGAACAAUGAAAGGAACCGUGUGCUAGCGUGUGGUUUGUGUGUAUAUACUCUGACCAUAAACGAACAACUCACUGGCUGUAAAGUAAUAAUUGGCAGAAGGCAAAAUUACAAUGUAACGAGACCACCCAGUCCCCCCCCCCCCCAUCGAAUGGGGAGGGGUGAGUGGAUAGGAAAGGGAAUGUAAAAAUCAUACACAAAAUGAGAAUGUUAUGUUGACGAAAGAUGGACAAAGAUGAGAGAAAACGGUGGAGAAAAAAAAACACAAAACUAAACGAAAUAAAAUAUAUCUAUAUCAUGUUUAACCAACCA